GCGCGGAGCAGGCGGAGCAGAGCGUGCCUCAGUAGCGGGGAUGUGCCGCGGCCUGGCGGGCGCCAUGUGCUGCUGCAGCGCCCGCUAGCACCGCUAGCCCCAGUGACAGGAUGUACAUGGCCACGGGGCCGAGCUGGCCGUGGCUGCUGGCUCUCGGGCUGGCGUGCGUGGCGAGCGUGGCGCCGCGCUGCGAGGGCCUCGGCCAGGGCCUGGGCCAGGGCCUCGGCCAGCACGCCGCCGUGCACGGCCAGCCCCGCGACCGGCACGCCACCGCGGCCGCCGCGCCGCUGCAGCCGCCUCAGCAACAGCCGGCGCAGCUGGCGCAGCAGCCCGACAAGAAGCUGCACGUGAAGCGCGCCGUGAGCGCGGCGCUCGGACCAAGGCUGCGCCGACAGCUGCGCUUUGCGGAGGCGCCGGCCGACGAGGACGACGCCGACGAGAUGGGGGCCGCGAUGGCCGCGGAGCGCUGGCUGCGGCACCCCGGGGGCGGCAGCGGGCCCGGCGGCGGGCCCGGGGGCGGCAUGGCGGCGGCGCGGGCCCUGGGGCUCGACGACUUCCCCCCGCCGCCCCCGCACCCCAAGCACCUGCUGUACAACGCGGUGCUGCCGUCGCUGCCGCUCAGAAAGCGCAAUGGCCGCGACGCCCACGGCCUCGGACACCACGCCGGCCCCUACGAGGAGUUCGGCCCCUCCGAGAACAUGUUGCGCAGCACCCGCGGGAACAGGCAGUACGACGUGCCGCAGAUAGAGUGCCCACCCGCCGACGACGGCAUGGAGAGGUUCGCCUGUCCGACUCCCGACCACAUGGGGCGGUACCGGUGUAUCGACGACCACGUGCUCUGCGACGGCUUCAUCGACUGCCCCGCGGGCGAGGAUGAGGACCGGCAAGCGUGCAUGUUCUACAAGACGACAAAAGCGCACUUAGACCUGCUGGCGGACGCUCUCUUGCGCUGGGCGAGAGGGCGCUAGCCGCUUCACCCCGUUACCUCUACUCUGCCUUCUGCCUGUAGGGGGCGACUGUUGCCGCAUCGAGAGAGCGACAGAGAGUGUGUUGUGUGGAGUGACGCGAAGUGACCCGAAGUGACAGAGACCAGCCAGCGCAGCGGCGCGUCGCGGCAACACAGCCUUCAGUCUUCAGUUGUAGUCUUCCCGUUCAGCAGCCGUCGCGCAGGACCUCAGCCCAGGCCAAGCUUGCUCCUCACCCCUCCAGUCGCAACCAUGUCGUCAGGGAAUUCGACAACGGCUCCUUGCUUCCGAUUAGCAACCUAAACAGUGAUGAAUGAUAUAACAUGCGGAUGAGUCCCUUUCUAUCACUUUGAAAACGAGUGUGGCCAAUAUGCUUUUAACUGGAUCAAGUGACUGUCGUGGUUUCGUUAACAGACUAAAUUGUAUAGGGUCUUCCUACUGCUGCUGGAGUUUGGGCCACGUGACGGCAAGUUGGCCAUUUGCAAGAUGUCAACUGCAAGCCCCCCUUAACACCUACAGUAAAAGGGUGAGACAGGAAUUUGUUUCGCAUCAGCGUAUCUGUAUGUUGCAAAUGAUAUAUUUUAGACUGCGUUUACGUCUAGGGGGAAUGGAAUUAAUUGAAGAAAAGAAACCGAGUUUCACUAAUGCAUUGAAGCUGAAUCUAUGUUUAUUCAUCUAGUUCCCGAACGGUGCAUGGAAGCGUUAGUUUCGAAAUGCCAAAUUGAGCGGCUGCAUAUUUAUUCAGUACCUGAUAGUAUUUCUGAAUAGUAUAGUUAAAACACAUUUGCACACCUUAGGGAUAUAUAGGAUCAAGUCUUACUCUCUCUCUAUCUCUCUCUUGCUUUGUUGAUCCCACUAUAAAUCUGUUAUUAACAUCGUAGGUUUAUGCAAAAGUUGUCGUCUAGAGAGGGGGUGACCAUUCGAGGCGCAUCUUGCUGUCAAUCCCAGUCAGUUGGGAUUUGAUUAGACUCGAAUACUAGGAAUGCAAGAAAACCAGUUGUAAUAUGGUCGUGAAAACAAUACACAGAACUUAUUCUACUCUCCACCUGCAAGUAAUCUGCAGUGUGCUUGUCCGCCGUACUUGGCUCUCAGUGCGGAGGUUGUGCGUGUUGUCAUGAGCUUCAUUUGGUUUACUGGUGCCGAUCAAAGUUCUGUGAGCAUAUUGUAUAUUCGUAAGCACCAUUUUGGCUGCGCCACUUGACUGAGCUGUGAAGGAAGGUAACAGAGGAUCGCAUUUAAUAUUGGGCAUCCCUCAGCCCGCAAAAAACACCACCAUUGACUACAUUUAUUGAUACGCGGUUACCCUUAUCUACUUACUGAAAUUCCCUCGCAGUAGUUUAACCGUACUUAGUUAACCAGUAUUGCACCACAGUAACUGUUAGAUUAUUGAAUAACGUUAACUGUGGGGGUCGCAGUGUAAAUUAAUUGUUGUCUCUUAUACUCAUUUUAUUGUUUAUUUCAUGACGUUAUUAACGCUGUGUUAUACUCUUACUUCGAACAUGUUGACAGCUCUAGCAAUUACAUUACUACUUCCAGUAUGCACCCAACUUUUCUCCUCAUUCCCUCGUCUGUCUUGCGAUAUUAAUCUUCUACCAGACUGUAUAUUUGCUUUCCGAUUUCCUGAUAGGAAAAUGGUUGUGGUUCAGUUUAAGAAAAAUGCUUGAAUGUGAAGCUUCCUCUCUUACUUCCUCGAAAGAUUUUACGCAGCUAAUGGCAAACUACAUUAUUGGUCGUCAUCAAAAUGUGUUCUAAGUUUAAUUCAAUGAAUGCUUUGUAAUUGCAUCAUCUUCAUAAUGUUUAAGUGACGAGACACUGUAAAGGGUGUAUUCCGUGAGAAGGAAACUCAAUAGCAAUAUUUAUAAUCAUAUCAAGACUAUCUCGCCAUCACUGUUGCUUAUUGUUUAAGUAAAUUUUUGAAAUUGUGCACCCAACGAGUGUGUUUCAAGCUAUUAUUGUUUUAUUUUAGAAUUUGUUUAUGUGAUAACUUAAAUGACGAAUUUUCUGAGGUACGCAAGUUAUAUUACGGCCUAUGUAUCUAAACAAACAGUUGGCAGCAAGAAAUGUUUUACUAAUAGAGCACACGACUUCUUUCACAAGCAUUGCAUCUACAGUAGAUGCGCCAAUUUUGUAAUGCACAUAAAUAUUCGUGGGAAACAUAACUCAUUUUCGAUGCAUUUAUGCCCAUUUUUGCGCAUUGAUACACAAUUGAUGCUCUUGCGGUGCUUCUAGAGUGGUCUAAACUCGGAAAGUAUGUUGGCUCAUUGGAGAUGAUCUCUGGAUUAAUACAGACUUGUCUGAGCACGAACGAUCAAGGGUGUACAAUUAUGUACGGGAAAGAUAAACUUUAAUCUGCUAAUUUGCUCGGUUGAAAAUCUGGAAAAUUUAGACUUAGUAGCAAUGUAGAUUUGAAACACUCAUAUAUGUCACAUAUAUUUUUCUGUGAGAAGCAAAAUUUAUUUUUGAGACAACUGUAAAAAUGCAAUGCACUUUUAUUUUGAGUAAAAUAGACUUUUUAGCCGGGGUCUCCGCGUACAGGUCAAUCUCUGUCUUUGAUUGUAUUGCCCCACUUACGAAAUCGUAAAACUCUGCCUAAAACAUGUUGGCCAGAAAGCUUAUGUCUGUGUACGAAAACAGGUUUUAGUAGUGUAUAUGGCUGUUGCAUCCAGAUGGCCCUAGUCUGUAGCAUUUAAUGGUCGUUUUAGGUCUCCAUGAGUGUUUGCAAUAUCUACGUGAUGAUGCUGUUUUGCGGUGUAGUUUUUUCCGAAAAUGUAUCCGAGUCUAUAACAGUGAAGUGGUCAGUAAGUGUUCAGGUCGCGAAAAAGUUUAAUGUGGUUCGUCACGUGAUAAAGCUCAACGAUGCAGGUCCAAAAGAACGAAUUCGCAUAUUUAUAAUAUAACCUUUCUAUAAAUAUACAUAAUA